AUCUAGAAACCUUGUAAAUUUAUUCUUCAUUAUAUCAUUAGCUAAAUAACGCAUUUCAUGGUGUAACAAGGAACAAAACUAAAUUCAGAUCCCCUUUAUUGCUUUACAGCACAUACCACACCUCCCUCUCCCUCAGACAUAAACCAUCAUUUCUUUCACUUAAUAAACAGUUUCCUUUUCUUCUCUUGUCAGACUCACAGCUGCGAUGGGUUUGUUUGUGCUCAUGCCUUUGUUUCUUUGUGCCCUGACUUUGUUCUUUGAUAUUAUCUGCUCCUCAACUUUGGAGGCAAAACCAGGAGAAAAUGUCACUAUUUUGAUUGAGGAGAACUUCUCAGAUCACAUCUUCUUUGAAACUCUAGCUUACAUCUCAUGGUUCAAGCACACAGUUGAUUUAGUUCCACUUCUUCUUGGGUGCAAGCAGGUUGAAAGAUCGGGCGAAACACAAAAAUGCUACUUCUUUAAUGAAAGUGAGAGAAUAAGGAUGUCAGUUCAUGGCAAGAAAACCUCUCUCACCAUCACUGCUGUAACUGUCUCUGAUACAGGACUGUAUUACUGCAGCUUUAUUAAAUUGUCUGAAAUCAAAUUUUGUAAAUCAGUCUAUUUACAAGUGAAAGAGGGAAAUGAAAAACUCACAAAGGACUUGAACAAAGCAACAGACUGCAGCUGCUCGAACGUGUUCUUCAUGUUGACUGUAGUGUUUGGUGCAGUGAGUAUGAGUCUUCUCACGAUCCUGAUCUUCAUCAUACUGAAGCACAGAAAAAAACUAACAGGUGCUAAUACUGAAGUUUAUGAGGAUCAGGAGUCUGAAUCACUGAAUUACGCUGCUCUACAGCUCUCUAAUAAGAAAAGCAAGAGGAAAGGGAAACAUGAUACACAGGAAAAUCCAAAUGUUCUGUAUUCUUCUGUCAGAAGAUAGAAGGGUUGGUGAACUCCAUACUGUAUACACACGUGGACAAAAUUAUUGGUACCCUUUGGUCAAUGAAAGAAAAAAAAACUCACAAUGGUCACAGAACAAAAUUUUAAUUUGA